GCCUGCCAAGAGCAGAAAAUAAUUGCACGCCACACGGGUAACGCGGCUUCUUCUAGCUUCGCCCGACACUCGAACACCUCUAUAAAAGAGACGGAGGUACGUGACUGACUCGGGUAGAGAUCGGGAGACGCGCACUGGCUACUGCUCUUCCUCUCUACCUUCUGCAGCCGGGCAAUACAACACCAGGUCGACUCUCGCCGUUCUUCACUUCGACUGCAAAUCCUUGUCGUGUGCAAGACCGGGAUGGGUCGUCUUCUAGUCUGCGUGUCGCUCUGCGCCAUCAUCCUCUCUUCGCUGACGGACGCCGCCGAGAUAUGCCGUCGGAGCUUUUACAUCGACGAAGACAUUGACCUGUUUGGGAACUACACUGACCUUGUGACGUUGAGUAUGGACUGCUCCAAGGCGGGGUUUCCCUCCCUGACUGUGGCAGUAGAGCCGCGGCUGAGAGACCAGAUUGAGAGCCGGGAGAGCCUCAACGGGAAGGUGGCAUUCUCCAUCAGAUGCGAAAUGAACAACACCGUCAAAUUCAUGAACAGGAGUGCAGUGGUGAAAAAGAGUGAGCCUUGGACCUCGCACAUACAGUUUGGUAACUAUCUCCCGCUGGGGCAAAACUGCUCUGUCGUGGGCUGCUUCUGGGACUCGUACAGCAGUGUGGCGGAGCAGAGGAGAUAUGCUGUUCAAGGAUCCUCGUGUUUUACCAAUCUGAACGAGUGUGAGAUGGAUCCAGGACUGUGCGAACAGGAAUGUACAGACACCGUUGCCGGCUACGAGUGCUCCUGCUCAGCAGGGUUCCGACUGGACAACAAUUCUAGGAACUGUACUGAUGUGGACGAGUGUUCUGAUGGAACUCAUAACUGCAGCCACCACUGUACCAACACUGAGGGGAGCUAUCUCUGCACAUGUCCUUCCGGCUACAGUCUGGAUCAAGAAAACACCACUUGCAAUGAUAUUGAUGAGUGCUCGAGUGAGGAAAACCCCUGUCAUCACCAGUGUGAUAACACCGCCGGCAGUUUCCGUUGUCUGUGCACAGAAGGCUUCAGACUCUCCGAGGACCAGCAUUCGUGCCAAGAUAUCGAUGAGUGUGACCCUGAAUCAGGUUUCAAUCAGCAGUGUCAACAUUCCUGUACAAACUCCAUCGGGAGCUAUUCCUGUUCCUGUGAAGACGGCUACACACUCAGCUCUGAUCGCCACCGCUGUCUAGGAGCAGGAGAGUGUGAGAACCCAGGAGUGUGUGCCCACGUCUGUGUCAACACCAGUGGGGACUACUUCUGUCAGUGCCACUCUGGCUACCAGCUGAGUCAUGACGGACACAACUGCACUGCCAAGAUACGGCUGGACGAUGGAGUUCUUGUCAUCUACAUGCCCUGGGCUGUCCCGCUGGCCUGCGCCAGUCUUCUCCUCCUCCUGGCACUGGCUCUCUACUACAGCAUAACUCGCCGGAGAAAAAACGGACACAUUCUGGAGACUAACCAGGACCUUUACGAGUUCUACCUCACUCAGGAGAAAAUUGACUGCAGCUACCAGCCUGUUGAUCUCAGCAACGGCAUCCCGUUUGACACAGAAUCCAUCCACAGCGAGAUGACCUCCUUCCACAGCGCUUCAAACACAAACGAGGACCUAGCGAAACUCGCUGCUCCCGAACAGACUAAACUCGUCCUCGUUACGUACGACCCAUCUGCAUUUAGCAGCAAGGAGAACCUUGCAGCACCGACCGAUACGGGUACGGAGGCAAACGAACCGUCACAGGAGAACGACGCGAGUAACUUGGACACAUCCAACGCCGUGGAAUUUGGGAAAGGACUUGAAAAUAUUCCCAGCCAGGACUCACACGAUUCAUGCAUCGGAAGCUCCAUUGCUGGAGACACGAGUUCGGGAUUCAGAGCCUCAACUAUCCUCUGCACUCCGGACACAAGCAGCUCUUCAUUCACUCAUUCAACCGACACUUCAGCAAACAGCGACUACAUUGCCACGGGCUGCGAAUCUUCACCCUCUUCAUCCUUGUCCCAUCGAAAUACCCCGCCAGAUUUUUCUGCUAAUCCAAUCCUCGGUAGCAGCAACAGCAAGGUCCUAAAUCUGCCCGGAAGCAAAGAAAGCGGUUCCGACAUUGCCACCACGACUGAGAUCCCACUAAUGAGCAAAGGAUCCCCAAACAGUUUGGGUGGAAAAGAGACAAAGACAUUCUCAAAGAGCAAAGACUAUAUCCAUGCUACAAAUGCCCUCUUUGCGAUGGUCGAUAGAACUCCCAGCAACUCGGAGUAAGGCGCACCGGAAUCACCUAUAGCAGCUCUCACUUUCUUGCCGAGACUAUCAUCAUCAUAAAAGUGUUAUUUGCCCCCACACAGUUGUGUUGCAUCUCUUUGUAGCUCUUUCGGUAUCACACAGUUAGAGCUAUACUAAUACCACAGGCUCAUCAUUUCAAAAGGCAUAGUGUUCUAUAUAUAACGUUGUCUAUCAUCCAAUCCCAACUUUUACAUGGGUAUAGCUCCCCAUUUGUAUGUAUGUAUGUAUCUAUGCUCACCACCAACAAUCUCUUUGUAAAUUUCAAAAUGUUCCCCAAC